AUUUUUUGUUGUUUGCUUCUCCUGCUUACAACUUUAUAACUUUACCUGAUACACCAUAUAUGGACCUUUCAAAACUUUUGGCUCCAUUAUCAUGACUUUGCCACUGUUCAAGUAUUAUUUAUUUGAAACCAAUGCUAAGACUAUAAGGUGAAAUGAAAUUAUAUAAAGAAAAAAAAAAUUCACAAAGUAUAAAAUCAUAAUGAUGUAGGUCAUGUUGAAAUUAGACCCUGGACUGGACUCAAAAUUAGAUCAAGUGUAGUGUAGACCAAAUGUAAAUUACACAAAGUGUAGACCAAAUGACAAUUUAAAAAAAUUAGACCAACUGGACAUUUCGCAAAAUGAGGAUUAGACCAAGUGUAGACCAAAUGGGUUUAGCCCAUUUGGCAUUAGACUAAAUGAGAAGUGGGCAAACUGCAUGUAGACCAAACGAAUAUAUACAUAUUUCACACUGUGGAACUGCAUGAUAUAAAGCCAAUUUUAUGUACCGGUAUUUGACAAAGUAAAAAAAUUGUAAUUAUGUAGGUUAUGCUGAAAUUAGACCAACUGGACAUUUCGCUAAAUGAGAAUUAGACCAAGUGUAGUGUAGACCAAAUGGCAAUUCAGUAGACCAAAUGGGUUUAGCCCAUUUGGCAUUAGACUAAAUGACAAGUGGGCAAACUGCAUGUAGACCAAAUGAACAUACACCAUGUACACAUAUUUCACACUUGGGACUGAUAAAGAGAGCCGUAGCAGACGACGGAGAUGCGUACAUGAUCUGCGUCCGCAAAUAACGUGCACGCAUGUAUGUACUAACAUGAAAAACAGCAUAUGGGACGAUCUUACAAAAAAUUGCACAUGCGGGGCUAUUGGAGAGUCACAGCAGAUAACGGCUAGCAGACGCCGAUGGGCGCGCGCAUUUAGCGAGCACAUCGUGAUCGUUUUAACUAUCGAUAGUACGUACAGUGUAUUAAAAAGGUACCGCGAUGUCUAUGGCUUUUUCGGGCCAUGUUGGUGCUAUGAAUUUCCUUUUUUUUACAGUUUAAAUGAAUUUUACGUCUUUAUUGGAGAUCUGCCAGAUGACUUUCUUCGAAUCGGAGGAGGUCCCACAGGGCAGCAACAACAGCAAAUAACAUCAGACGAGCAGACUGCGAGGGCGCUACAGUAUGGAGGACAGGCUCAGCAAGGAUAUGGCUCUUUCGUUGGUCGACUUAGUAUUACAAUUUCACAGGCAAGAUUAGCAAAGAAUUAUGGCAUGACGAGGAUGGAUCCGUACUGCAGGGUGAGGGCGGGGCAUUCGGUCUUUGAAACACCGACUGAUGUGAACGGAUCCAAGAACCCCAGAUGGAACAAAACCAUUCAGUGCAACCUGGGCCAGGGCAUUGAUUCCGUUCACAUAGAGCUAUUUGAUGAGAAAGCAUUUACCACCGAUAAUAAGAUUGCAUGGGCACUGAUCACCAUCCCACCUGCUGUGAUGAAUGGAGAAACCAAGGACGAUUGGUUUCCAUUAACAGGGAAGCAAGGAGAGGACAAAGAAGGAAUGAUCAACUUAAUAUUCUCUUAUACACAAGUGCCAGUGAUGCCGAUGAUGUACCAAGCUCCACAGCAGGUCAUUUACGGAGGUCAAGUUCCAGUCGUCAUGCCAACGACAUAUGGAUAUACACCUGUUGCUGCUCCAGUUGCCGCGUACCCUCCCCAGCAACCGCCACACGCACAGCAAGUGCCGCAGCCCUCUCAGCCUCCCCAGAUCACACAGGCCGACCUCCAGGCUCUGCAGGAGAUGUUCCCCGGGACGGACUCAGAGGUCAUACGAUCCGUGCUGGAGGCCAACGGGGGCAAUAAGGACGCAACGAUCGACUCAUUGCUGCAGAUGACAUGAGGAGAGAAAUCUUUCAUUCAUUUAUAUAUCAAAAUGAUUUCUAGAUCUGUUUUAUCGAAAAACCAGUUUAGUAAUUUAUUAAGAUUUAUACACAUCUCUUCCUUCAGAAUGCUAUGAGCUAUUGCAUUCACUUGCUUAUUACUAUUGGGCAAGAGUUUGUAUAUACUGCUUGUUCCUAUGUCAGUCAUGCCUGAGGCAAUCUUCCAGGUUUGUUAGUAUAACAUUCUGUUUAAACUGUACAUGUACAUAGAGAAUCAUUUCUUUAUUGGAAGGUAUAGUUAUAGAAUCUGAGUAUAUUACCAAAAUAGGCCCUUUGAAGAGUUACAAGCGAAUGUAAUUUACAGAAAUGAUUUACAUUACCUGGACCCCUUCUCACAAAGUGCAGAGAUACAUCCUAUCAGACUUGACUAUUGAGAGCCCGUGAAGCCAACUCCCAGUCUACAUCUAUCUCUUUGAAGCACUCUACAGUCAGGGACGGAUCCAGAAAUAUCCAGAAGGGGGGGGGGCACAUUUUUACAAGGAGAAAUUUGACAAGCAAAAAAAAAAAUUAAGGAUAUUUUGUCCCGGAAAAAAUUUGACAAGCAAAACAUAAAGGGGUUUUUAACCUAAAAUUAAGGAUAUUUCAUCCCCGAAAAAUUUGGCAAGCAAAAAAAAAGGUCUUCAAUUUAAAAAGGGGGGAGGGGGCACACUUCUGUUUUAACAACAUUUUUACAUUACAAAUUUUUAUUUUGCUUCUCAAAACGGGGGGGGGGGGGGGGCUGUGCGGCUGUGCCCCCCCCCCCUGGAUCCGCCAGUGUCUACAGUAUUAAUGAAUCUAAGUUGUCUUUAUUGAGCAGUCUGUGUGCAUACAUUGUGUACAUGUCAUGGAGGAAGAAAUCAAGGGAUUUUUACAGUUAAGAUUGAUUGGAACAAUUGUAACUGCCCUGAUGAACUCUGCACAAGUUUUUUCAUAUAUUUUUCAUAUCGUCACCAUAUUACUCUAAUGAAAAUUUUGCGAUAAUGAAAAUGUGUUUUUAGCCCUGUGUAUGUAUAUUCACUGUGAAAAAGUUGGUUGAUAAUGAUAUGAACCAAUUUACCUUAAGUGAACCAGCAAAUAAACUUCUUUAUUAAGUACAAGAUAUCCAUUCCAGAUUUUAAAUAUGAUAUUAAACAUAAACUGUUCUUCAUGUAUAUUGUGUUAUUAUAUAUUAUCAUGUAGUUUCUAUUUGUUGGGAAAAAAUAUCAUGUUGGCCAUCGGUAUAGGCGAAUAGACCUAUAUAAUCGAAUGAAAGUCAGACAUGUGGAGAUGAAUAUUCAUACUUCAAACUGCUUGCAAUGGAACAUUUUAGAAUUUAUAGAAAUCAUAUAGUGUAUGGCUCUACUUGGUAUUUUGCGGAUAAAGCAAGGACAUUGAUUAAAUGUUAGAGGUACAAUUCUCACUAUUCAAAUAUUAUCUUAAUGGAAUCUAUGAUUCAACCAAGAGACUGGAUUGUAUAUUAAUAUAUUGUGGUGUGGUCCGAUGUAUUCAAUCUUAUGUUUGCUUAGAAUUUACAGGACUUUGUUAAAUUGAUGACCCCGUCAUUUAUUCUGCAUCUUGCCAUUUUUUAUAUAAAAAUUUGGCAAAGCUUUGUAUAAGUUAUAAUUCUCAGCCUGCUACCUUUUAAGGAACUGUUAUUUUGAUGUGACAUGAAUUGAUUUAAUCUUUUUCACAUCUUAAUUUCUAUAUCCUGUUUCAUUAUCCCUGAGCUCCUCUGCAUCAGUUGUAUAUACAGAGUCUGUUUAUGUAGGGGAGAAUAAUCUGUUAAUCCAAACCUGAAGUAAACUUUAAGCAAUAAUAUUGCUAAACAGAUUUAGAUUCUAUAAUUACAUGUACUGCAAAUUUUAUCUGAAAUGAGUCAUUAAAUGUCAUCUACUUCCAAUGUACCUUAUCCUGGUUUUGUAAGUGUCAUCCUAGGUCACAACCGUUAUAGGAAAGCAACUCAGUAAGGUAUAGACCCAGAUCUAAUCUGAAAAAGGAAUGAAUGUCUUGGUGAUUGAGCAGUUAAUGUAAUUUCUCUUAAGUAUAUAGGGAAAAUACAUUUAUAUGGAUUUAAUUUCUGGAGUAUGAUAUUUAAACUUUGAGUUUGAUUCAUGAGAAGUAUUGCAAUCUACAUCAUGAUAUUUUUUUCAAACCGGAAUGGAGUUUAAUACUGUUGGUUGAUAUGAAAUAAGGGGAAUAGUUUUAGAAAAUGCCAAAAUUAGAUUAGUUUAUUACAUCUCCAUAAGGUGAAAACAAAACUAAAAAACAAAAUUGUUGUUCUUAGGAGCAACAUUAUCAUUAUACUAUUAGAUUGAAUAUGGUCUAAGAUGUUUUAAGAAUGUAGCAGAAUUGUAUGCACUUUGGUCUCAUAGACAAGCAAGGAGAAAAAGAAAAGAGGACCAAGUACUAAUCCUUGUGGAACUAACUUUCAAUAAGUCAUGUUAAUGUGACAUAUUGAACCAGAUGUCAAGCAUAAUACAUUUGCUUUUACAUAAUUGGUUUCAGACAGAAGAUUUGAUAGUUUUAUUCUACGAUAAUAUUUGAGCAUGCUCAGAAUUGUUGGGUAGGCCUAAUGAAAAAGUCUUUCAAUUUUUAUGUAAUAGAAAUUUUAGAAACCAAACUUUGAUAAUUGCUUUAAAAAUGAAAUCAUCAGUAAUUCACAAUUUUGUAAAGCUGAUUUAUUGCAUUCUUUUUAGUCUUUUCCCUUCCUUGUGGUAGAAACUUAAUUUAGAAAUAUAUUGAUAUGUUGUAAUAUAGAGUAUAUAUUUGUAGAUUUUGAAUAAUGAAAUUGGGAUAACUAGAACUAUGAAUGAAAUGGAUACUAGUUAUCAGGUAAAAGGUAUACAUUAACAGACCCAAUAAUUAAUUUUUCAAAUCAUUGGUUAACCUUUUUUUUCACCUAUAAAUACAACGUAGCUUGUUCUAAUGUAAAUUAUUUUGAAAAGUAAUGUACCAGCACUUGAUUGGACAAUCAGGUUUUAUUUUCUGUCCUUCAUUGGAGAAUUUUUUAUGCAAUUUAAGUAUCCAAGUAUAUAGUAAGUGGCAUAAUGCAAAGCAAGAUGUUUUAUGAUAGAAUAAUUAGGGGUAAUAAUUAAGAGGAAAUAGUCAAGCAAAUUCCAAGAACCUUGAUGAUUAUUGGUCUUGGUUUGUUAUUGAUAAAAAAGGCCAAAGAUUUAUGAAAAAGAGAGCAUUCUGUAAUAGUUGAUCAAUUGUACAUGAUGAUGUGCAUCGUACAGUGUAAUAUUCAGCUACUAGACUUUGUAUGGAUUUAUCCCGGGGGGGGGGGGGGGCAGUCAAAUAUAUUGCUGUACACACGCGUGACCAAAAAACGCAUUUAAAGGGGUGUUUUUUAGACGCUGUUUGCGUGUGGACUCGUUAAGGGUAUCAAAAACACUGAUUUUCAAGAAAAAGGGUGGGUUUGAAAGACUAGUCAAUGGUCAAUCGCGGGGUCAAACGUAUUUAGGGUAUGUUUUUUUCCCAAGCUUUUUCCCCCGAGGUCAUAAUUUGGCGACAGCUUGUUUAGGGCCAAAAUAUGUAAAUAAAGCCCGGGAAAAACUUGUUUAGGGGGUUAUUUUGCACACAGAGAAAAACUUGUUUAGGGGGUGUUUGGAAAUUCCUUGGUCACGCGUAUGUACAGCAAUAUAUUUCACUGCCCCCCCCCCCCCCCCCCCGGGGGAUUUAUGUGUUUUUGUAUAAAAUAUGUGUUUUUUUCUUUUUAAUUAUUAUCCAGGUAAACAUUGUUUAUUAUCCAGUGUCAAAUAAAGUCCGAUUUGCAUAAAAAAAGCAAAUAUAUAAUGUCCUUUAUGAAAGGACAGGAAUGUUGUUUUUCAUGUGGCAAAACUGCUUAUUAUGUUUUAAGUGAUGAUAUAUGGUUGUUUCAAAUUUGACAAAUAUACCAAAUUGAUAUAUCCAA